ACCAUCCAUCCCUCCAUCCAAUGCAAUUCUUUUCUACUUCCUUCCAGUUCCACCUGCCAACGAGGACGGAAGGAUAAUCAGUCUCAUCACUGCGCCUUUUCCCGACUGAGCUGUGGCAGUUCCAGGCAGCGGCAAGUCGGCAACCACCCAGUACCCCUCGACAGCGAAUUCCGCCAUCGCCCUGCAAGCUUUACUCUUAAUUUCCUUCGUCUGGUAAGAAGAGCUCAUGAUCUUUGCUCUUUUAUGCUAAUAGGCCUUGCUGCCACUGCCGACCUUGCCAAUACAGUCAUGGAAAUGGCCUCUCUAUCAGUUUACAGAAGACUCCCGCUUAACAUCCCCAUUUCAUGUAUCAAGGGCCUCCAUCCCCUGAAGAACAGGAACCAAGCUAAUCUCUUCUCAUACUCUCUUGUUUCUCUCUCGAUUUCUUGCGUUUCGUCGUCGUCAUCAAUAAAGACACAAACUUUAGUAGCCUCUAGUUCACCUGUCCCUAGAACUAGCAACUGCUUCAUAAGAACUUCCCAAUGGGUCAACCACACUCCAAGAAUCACUGAAGAUAUAGUUAUAUCAAGUGAAGAGGAUGCUCCAGGGCCUGUACCUCAUGCUCCUUCUGAUAGCCACUAUCCAUUUCUCUAUGAAUCUCUGAGGAACCUUGAGGACAGUGUAAGCGUGAGAAAGCUAAUAGCUUUGGCAUCUGCUCUCUCGUUUCAUUUGUCCUUACCUGCACAAGCUGCAAAUGCUAGUGAAGGCAUCACCACACCAGCUGCACUUUACGAGGUAGGAGCGUUAUUCGAGCUAGGAAUCCAGCUCUCCUACCUUCUAUUGCUGCUGGCACUUCUUGGAGUUGGAACCUUCUUUGUGAUUCGCCAGGUUCUUGUGCGUAGAGAACUUGAUCUUUCUGCUAAGGAACUGCAGGAACAAGUAAGGAGCGGUGAUGCAGACGCCACAGAGCUAUUCGAACUUGGAGCCGUGAUGCUGAGGAGGAAGUUCUACCCCGCUGCAACCAAAUAUCUGCUGCAGGCGAUUGACAAAUGGGAUGGCGACGAUCAGGACCUUGCGCAGGUGUACAACGCCCUUGGGGUGAGUUACAUCAGGGACGGGAAGACGGAUAAAGGCAUAGCUCAGCUGGAGAAGGCCGUGAAGAUCCAACCUGGGUAUGUCACUGCAUGGAACAACCUGGGAGACGCGUACGAGAAGAAGAACGACCUGAAAGCUGCUCUCAAGGCUUUCGAGGAAGUGCUCCUCUUCGACCCCAAUAACAAGAUUGGCCGGCCCAGAAGAGAUUCGCUCAAGGAACGCGUCGAAAUGUACAAAGGGGUGCCUGUGAAAUACCUCAAGGAUAAAUCAUAGUUGAUUCCCUUCAGACUUCUCUGCUGCGGUUUUUGUCAUUGGGAAAUAGUUCAAUGGAAGGUUUUAACUUACAGGCAAAAGUUGUAAGUGAUGUUUGUUUGUAGGCACGGUUGGAGAGGGGAGAGACUGGACAGGGGAAUUUGUGAACUGAAUGGAGAAAUUACAUAGCAAACUUUCUUCAGAGCUUUUAUGAGUUCUGAAAGGGUAAAAGCCCAUUACAUUCAGAGCUUCCAAAUCAUGUGAGGUAUAUUGUUCAACAUCUGUAACAAUCUAUGUAUUGAUGAAUGUCUAUAUAUAUACACAUGAAUCUCAAUUCCAA